AAUGCAUCAUCGUCACUUUUCUCAAUUCUCAAUCUAGCUAUUUUCUCCCUCCCCUCGACAAGACCAUUGAAUCAAGGAAAUCUAGAGCUAGAGGAAUUGUUAAAAGCCACAAUCUUCGACGAAGAUCUCUCCCCUCUCAAUGGCCUCCAUAAUCCGCCCGACGCUGCUUCGGCAGACAGCCCUAGCCGCUUCGACCCGGCGAGCCGCAACCGCCACCUUUUCCAGCAAGAUGAUCCGACCUACGAUCGCGAACGAUGUCGCGCGCAUUGCCGCCUUCCAUGCUUCUAGCCGAAGAAGUCUAUUACCUCCAGGGCCUCAGGUGAUUAAGGGAACCGUCAACGACCCAGCGCCUGUCCCGCAUGCAAGCCCCACCCACGGCUCCUACCACUGGACCUUCGAACGCCUCGUCGCCGUCGGCAUCAUCCCCUUAACCGUCGCGCCCUUCGCCGGUACAUCAUUAAACCCAGGUUUAGACGCGAUUCUCUGUUCGCUACUCCUAGUUCAUUGCCAUCUUGGCUUCCAGUCCGUUCUAAUCGAUUACAUUCCCACUGGACAAUACCCGAAGUCCCGCAAAAUCUCUAUGUGGCUCCUCAACGCCGCCACUGCUCUAGCCGGUAUUGGUCUAUACGAGUUCGAGACCAAUGACGUUGGGUUAACCGAAGCCGUGAAGAGAGUUUGGAAGGCUUAGAUCGGAGAAAUGGAGAUGGAAUGAAUAUAGGUCUAAUCAGGCCAAUACAGCGACGGGCACAACAUAAGCAACGACAGCAAUUGAGAAGAUAUCAGUAGUACCAGGAGAUGAAGAAAAGGGUGUAAUCAUGUGUAAAGCUACACAUGUAGCACAGCACCAUGGAUUCCUUUGUGUUGGGUGAAGCGCGUUGCUAGGAAGAGUUCGGACUAGGUCCCAGAAGCAAGGACUACUAGCAGCUCAUCCGUGUAUGUACGACCAGUUUAUAUAUAAACUUUCAUCAACCUGUUAUAUAUAUCUAUGU